UAUACGUAACUGAAUGGAAAUUUCCAAUCUUCAUAUAGAAAAUUUAGAAAUACUGUCUUGAAUGAAGUUGUUGUAUAUUUACAUAGAACAUUUGUACUUUAUUUGACGUGGGACAUUACGAUUUCCAUACUAAAAACGACAAAACAUUCAAAUGGCGUGCAUUGAUAGUUGGAAGUCACUGAAUGUUCUCAACAAAUGUCUUUUAGUAUCAACAUCAGUGGCAAUAUUUUCGCUGAUCAUGGGAAUAUCUACACCAUUUUGGAUAACAUUUCAUAAACCUGAAAAUUCAUUGUCGUUUACAGGGAAUUUUCAAGCUGAUUUUUACGUUCCCUCGAAAAAAUUUAAAGCAUUUGUAAUCAAAAUGAUUGAAAAUGAUCAAUACUUUGGACUUUGGCAGUGGUGUAUAGGAGGUAAUGGUUGUAUUGAUUUAGGUUGGAUCUCCAUGUUUAUAUCCAACACCGAUUGGCAUGCCUGGCCUGAUGAACUUAAUACACUCAUAGAUUUCUGGAUAGCAACAAGAGCGUUUACCACGCUUGGACUUGUAUCUGCUGUUAUUGUAACUGCAGUGUUUCUACUGUGCAUAUGUAGACGUACAGGGAGUGGACGUUACUCUCAUGGUUUUAUCGUGAUUGGAUGUUUCAUUACAGGUGGAUUACUAGCAGUUUCUGUGGCAGUUUUCUAUACAGCAGUCCAUAAACUAGCCAGCAAUCAAAAUAUCAAGAUAAGUUUUUCUUUCGGGAUGACCUGCAUUGCGGCCAUUUUAUACAUUUUUAAUGGACUUAUACUAGUAUUUGCUUUAUGUACUGGAACUGUUACUAUCGGAAGAAAAAAUACAAAAUUACAUAAAGAUGAUGAGUGUGCUACCUAUUGAGUUAUAAAUUUUGAAGUGAUGCCUAUUGCUGAUAUAUUUAUUCUGUGACUUUUACCGAGAAUAUGGAUAUUCCGUCAAAAUUGAAUACAUGUUACAUCUAGAAUAUAUCAUAUAUUUGUAUUCGCAUUUGCAAGUUGGAUACAUUUACAUAAAAUAUGUGAGAGAUAUAAAUCAAAAGAUGUUUUAUCUUGACCUUUCGAGAUGCUUCUACAUUUAAAGAAACAUGAUGUAUUUUUUCAGGUAAAGAUCGGUCACAACAGAUCGUACGAUUUUUAUGUCGUGGAAGACCUAUAAAAUAAUUGUCGUGACAGGGUCGUGCAAAAUGUCAAAAUAAUAUUUCGAGUGGUCACAUCAGCUGCUACGACAUGCCAACGAUGGUUCCACGAUAAGUACAAGACAGAAAAAGAUAUGUAAUUAUGCUGUCGUGUGCUUGUCGCAAAUCGGUCGUGCGACAGUCAUGCGACAAUCGUGAGUUGUUUGAUGCACUAUUUUCCAGGUUUUUAUGUAUUGGGAUGCGCGUGUGGCUGUCAUUUUACUGUCGUGUCACUGUACAUGUCGUACGACUGUUGUGCAACCGUGAUGCUAGUGGUGACUCUCAGCAAAAUCUCUUGAAACAUGACAGGCUCCAUCCGCAUUAAUCCAAUGAAAUCACCGGCAGAUUGCUGUCCCAACUCGUGCAUUAGUGUACUAUACUCCAAACAUCAGGCGCCGUUCGAUCCAUGGCUUAACCCACCAACUUUGGGCAUUCCUAUACCACGGGCUCGAAUCAACGCUAACAUAACUAUAUUUUGCUCUUGUUGGAGUCCGACAAGGCGCCUAUUCAACAGGGCCGAACAUAAUCGUUCUGGUGGAAAAAAACAUCCUCUUUACACGGUACACGGUAUGUUUUUCCAGACAUAGAUUUCGAAUUGUAUUCUUCUAAAUAAAACGUAAAUAUGCUGCAAUGACAAAGGUACCACUGUCGUAAGACAGACAAUCAAUGCGGUGCGAGCAUCGUACGAAAUCUGGUAUUCGUUAGAUAAUCGUGUCUUGUGACAGUCGUGAGAUUGUCGUACGACAGCCCUGCGACGAUUGUUUAAUUAAAAUGAUUUAUGUGGGUACCCACGACAAUGUGUUUAUGGCACAUAAGUUGCACGACUGUGGUAAGACACUCUUACGAUAGCCA